CUCAUCUCAACUUGCGCUGUUUAUUUAGGUCGUAUAUACGAGUAUAAGUAAUUUAUUUGCACGAGUUGGAUGUUUGAAAGCUAUAGUUUGGCGAAUGGAAGUUAUUAGAAGUAGUUACUGCCGUAAAGUGUCCGGUCUGUCGUAACAUUAAGUCAAUCCAAUUUUAAUGUAGAAUUGUCACCUCGGAUGAGAUCAUUUUGACAAAGAAGUGUACUCUGAGUGUUUUGACCGAGCCACCUUCAGCUUUUAGCCCAAAAUUUUCGAAAUAAAACCGAGAGGAGUUCAUAAGCGCUUUACUGUGAUUGCGUCAUCAGGAGGCGUCACCAUCAGCAGCAGGAGGAGGAGGAGAGACGGAGGGAGUGGUAGUGUCUCCAUCAGUGAGAGGAAGAAUCGCACACACAGAAAUAGACAUCACACAGAAGAAAGAGAGAAGGUGCUUCCGGGGAGAAAAAGAGACGAGACACGGGAAGCUUGAAGGACUUUCACCAGGGCCUAUGAGUGUGUGUGUGUGUGGCGUGCGUGUGUGCUGGAGGGGCAGCUGAUUGGAACACAAGGAGGGUGGAGCCAUGAUGGGCAAGGACUACAUGCUGGCCAUCAUCAUUGUUAACUGUGACGACAACAUCUGGACCGACCAGAACCUGCUGCUGGACCAGGACCUCCCCUCUGGCUGGAGAACCAUCAAAGACUCCACUGGAACAUACUACUGGCACGUUCCCACUGGCGCCACACAGUGGGAGCACCCCCGACUCAAUGGGAUGCCGCCACAGCAGCCCCAGCCACAGAAAGACCACAGUGGAUCACCCAACUUCAGCGCAGAUGCUUACAGAGCACCUGGCACACACAGGUCUUGGUGGUCUGAUGAUUCCUGUAGCCAUGAUGACAACUCACAGUGUUUUUCCGUGCGCUCUCUGGGCUGGCUCCAGGUGGAGGAGGAUGACUUGUCUCCGGGUCGCAGCAGUCUGGUGGUCAGUAACGUCAUCCAGCAGCUGUCUCACUGUAGUGGCAACGAGCAGCACGGCAGGCUGGGGGCCUCGGGGGAGGGUCGUGACAUGAUGCUGGUUCUGAAGAGAGACACGCUGACCCUUCUGGAUGCUUUAGACCGCACCCCCCUGUACUGUCAGCCAAUCGUCAACAUUCGUGUCUGGGGGGUGGGCAGUAACAAUGGCAGAGACUUCGCCUUUGUUGCGGGGGACAAGGACAGCUGUGUGCUCAAGUGUCACGUUUUUCACUGCGAUGCCCCUGCCAAGGCCAUCGCCAUGGCACUGCACCAAAUGUGCUCCAAGAUGAUGUCAGACAAGAUGGCGACCAGGUCGCUCACCAUGGAGAGCAUCUCGCCCGAGGACCUGCCCACACAAGUGGACUUCCUGGAGGCGGUGCGGCAGCAGGUGCAGAAGUUUGAAGUUCAAUACGUGGGCAACCUGCCCGUGUCCCGUGCUAUGGGCAUGGAGGUGCUAAACAGAGCCAUUGAGAGCAUCAUGAACUCCACUGACCGUGAGCAGUGGGAGUCCACCGUCAUUCAUGUGACUGACAACUUCCUGUCUGUCUUCAAGGAAGGGGAGGAGCCAGUCUGGGAGUGUCAGGUGCGUUUCCUCAGCUUCCUGGGCGUGGGUCACGACAGUCACACCUUCGCCGUGAUCGUGGAUGGCGGCACUCAGCGUUUUGAGUGUCAUGUGUUCUGGUGCGAGCCGGACGCGGGUCUCUUGUCCGAGGCGGUCCAGGCAGCGUGCAUGGUUCAGUAUCAGAAGUGUUUGGUGGCUCAGACUCCGCCCCCCAGGACCAGACUGUGGCACACAAUCCCGUCCAAGGUCAAACGGGCCAACUCCAUGGACGGCGCCGCCUUCCCGCCCCUUGCAUCCCGUCUCCACAAUAAGGGGAGCGGUGGUGGCGUGAGGAGGAGCAUGAUGGCCUUUUUGGACUCCUUACGGAACAAGCAAGCUGCUGCAUCCUAAUGACGUGGAGUGAGGGCGGGGGCAGGGGCGGGAUCAUUGGCGCUGACAGCUGAAAGGCAUCAGACGCCCCGCUAGGUCCACUUCCAUCCCUUCAGAUCUAGCCGGUGCUGGACUUCAAGCUUGUGGACGAGCGUGUGUACCACAACACAACACACGGUCACGUGAUCCACCUCUGCUGCACGUCAUGGACGUACAUCUACAAUCAAUAAACUCAUUACUCAGCAACUUUUAUUUUCAAGGGUUCGACCUUUUCCAUACUCUUUGUAUCCUCAUAAGAUAGAUAGAUAGAUGUACAGGUAUAACUGCUCUAUAUAGAUUUAUAUAGAAAGCUGUAUAACUACUCUAUAUACUGUAAAUGUAUACAUAGAUAUCUAGAUGUAUAGAUGGAUGGAUGCAUAGAUAAAUACAGUGGUGUGAAAAAGUGUUUCCCCCCAUUCCUGAUUUCUUUUUUUUUUGCAUGUUUGUCACACUUCAAUGUUUCAGAUCAUCAAACACAUUUCAAUAUUAGUGAAUGACAACACAACUGAACACAAAAUGCACUUUUUAAAUGAAACCUUUAUUACCGUAUUAAGGGAGACAAAAAAUUCAAAGCUACAUGGUCCUGUGUGAAAAAAGUGAUUGUCCCCUAAACCUAAUAAGUGGCUGGGCCCCCCUUAGCAGCAACAACUGCAAUCAAAUGUUUGUGAUAACUUGCAAUGAGUCUCUUACAGCGCUGUGGAGGAAUUUUGGCCCACUCAUCUUUGCAGAAUUGUUGUCAUUCAGCCACAUUGGAGGCUUUUCCAGCAUGAAGCGCCUUUUUAAGGUCAUGCCACAGCAUCUCAAUAGGAUUCAGGACUUUGACUAGGCCACUCCAAAGUCUUCAUUUGUUUUUUCUUCAGCCAUUCAGAGGUGGACUUGCUGGUGUGUUUUGGAUCAUUGUCCUGCUGCAGAACCCAAGUUGGUUUCAGCUUGAGGUCACCAACAGAUGGCCGGACAUUCUCCUUCAGCAGAAUUCAUGGUUCAUUUAUCACAGCAAGUCUUCCAUGUCCUGAAGCAGCAAAACAGCCCCAGACCAUCACACUACCACCACCAUAUUUUACUGUUGGUAUGAUGUUCUUUUUCUGAAAUGUGGCGUUACUUUUAUGCCAGAUGUAAUGGGACACACACCUUCCAAAAAGUUCACCUUUUGUCUCAUCAGACCACAGAGUAUUUUCCCAAAGGUCUUGGGGAUCAUCAAGAUGUUUUCUGGCAAAAUUGAGAUGAGCCUUAAUGUUCUUUUUGUUCAGCAGUGGUUUUGGUCUUGGAACUCUGCCAUGCAGGCCGUUUUUGCCCAGUGUCUUUCUUAUGGUGGAGUCAUGAACACUGACCUUAACUGAGGCAAGUGAGGCCUGCAGUUCUUUGGAUGUUGUUGUGGGGUCUUUUGUUACCUCUUGGAUGAGUCGUGGCUGCGCCAUUGGUGUCAUUUUGGUUGUCCGGCCACUCCUGGGAGUUCCAUUGUUCCAUUGUGGAUGAUGGCUCUCACUGUGGUUCGCUUGAGUCCCAAAGCUUUAGAAAUGGUUGUAACCUUUUCCACACUGAAUUUCCACACUCAAUUAAUCUCAAUUAAGUUACAGUAUGUUUAACAGGGGGAAUCCCUUUUUCACACAGGGCCAUGUAGGUUUGGAUUUUUUUUCUCCCUUAAUAAUAAAAAGAUUCAUUUUAAAACUGCAUUUUGUGUUCAGUUGUGUUGUCAUUGACUAAUAUUUACAUUUGUUUGAUGAUCUGAAACAUGGGCCGCACGGUGGUCUAGUGGUCAGCAUGUUGGCCAACCAGUCAGGAGAUCGGGAAGACAUGGGUUUGAAUGUCCCUUAGGCGUUUCUGUGUGGAGUUUGCAUGUUUUCCUUGUGUGUGUGUGGGUUUUCUCCGGGUACUCCGGUUUCCUCCCACAUUCCAAAAACAUGCAUGUUAGGUUAAUUGGAGACUCUAAAUUGUCCAUAGGUAUGAAUGUGAGUGUGAAUGGUUGUUUGUGUAUAUGUGCCCUGCCAUUGGCUGGUGACCAGUCCAGGGUGUACCCCGCCUGUCGCCCGAAGUCAGCUGGGAUAGGCUCCAGCACAGCCCCGCGACCCUAAUGAGGAGAAGUGGCAUAUAAAAUGGAUGGAUGGAUCUGAAACAUUUAAGUGUGACCAACAUGCAAAAAAAUAAGAAACCAGGAAGCGGUCAAACACUUUUUCACACCAUCGUAUAUAAAUGUUUCAAUAGCUAGACGUGUAGAUAAAUAUAUUGAUGUAUGGAUAUACAGUAUGUAUGGAUUAAUAUAUACAGAAGAUGUCAAAUGAUUGACGUUGAUGGUCCAUAAUUAAUUCCACAGAUGAAACAGGCUGAAAGUAAAAGACAAUUACGAGGAAAGGAAGGAAGAAUAAG